GGGGAGGGGUACUGCGGGUGAAGGCCCGGGAGCAGCGGGCUGAGGCUGGCAGAAUGCUGUUCCUGGGAAGCAUUGUUGGCUACCGGUAAGGAAGGCGAAGCACAGAGUUGCCUUCCCGAGCCCCCCGGUGCCCCCUAUGUACGCCUCCCUCGGCUCGGGUCCGGUCGCCGCGUUGCCUGCUUCGGUACCACCCUGUCCUCUCGGGUCCUGGAGCUCCGGCGGCGGCAGGGGCUGUGUCCGGCAGGAGAGGAAGCGCCGGGGCUGCGUCCGUUAUUCUGUCCUCGGGGCGAACGUCUGGCAGGUACAGGGGCUUCCCUGGUGGUGCAGUGGUUGAGGGUCCGCCUGCCGAUGCAGGGGACACGGGUUUGUGCCCCGGUCCGGGAGGAUCCCACACGCCGCGGAGCGGCUGGGCCCAUAAGCCAUGGCCGCUGAGCCUGCGCGUCCGGAGCCUGUGCUCCGCAACGGGAGAGGACAAAACAGUGAGAGGCCCGCGUACCGCAACAACAACAACAACAAAGUUAUAGGUCCAAGGGUAGCCAAGGAUGGCUGCAGCUUCAUAUGAUCAGUUGUUAAAGCAAGUUGAGGCACUGAAGAUGGAGAACUCAAAUCUUCGACAAGAGCUAGAAGAUAAUUCCAAUCAUCUUACAAAACUGGAAACUGAGGCAUCUAAUAUGAAGGAAGUACUUAAACAACUACAAGGAAGUAUUGAAGAUGAAGCUAUGGCUUCGUCUGGACAGAUUGAUUUAUUAGAGCGUCUCAAAGAACUUAACUUAGAUAGCAGUAAUUUCCCUGGAGUGAAACUACGGUCAAAAAUGUCCCUCCGUUCUUACGGAAGCCGAGAAGGAUCUGUAUCUAGUCGUUCAGGAGAGUGCAGUCCUGUUCCUAUGGGUUCAUUUCCGAGAAGAGGGUUUGUAAAUGGAAGCAGAGAAAAUACCGGUUAUUUAGAAGAACUUGAAAAAGAGAGAUCAUUGCUUCUUGCUGACCUUGACAAAGAAGAAAAGGAAAAAGACUGGUAUUAUGCUCAACUUCAGAAUCUCACUAAAAGAAUAGAUAGUCUUCCUUUAACUGAAAAUUUUUCCUUACAGACAGAUAUGACCAGAAGGCAAUUGGAAUAUGAAGCAAGGCAAAUCAGAGUUGCAAUGGAAGAACAACUGGGUACUUGCCAGGAUAUGGAAAAACGUGCACAGCGAAGAAUAACCAGAAUUCAACAAAUAGAGAAGGACAUACUUCGUAUACGACAGCUUUUACAGUCCCAAGCAACAGAAGCAGAGAGGUCAUCUCAGAGCAAGCAUGAAGCCGGCUCACAUGAAGCUGAGCGACAGAAUGAAAGUCAAGGAGUGGCAGAAAUCAACAUGGCAACUUCGGGUAGUGGUCAGGGUUCAACUGCACGAAUAGAUCACGAAACAGCCAGUGUUUUGAGUUCUAGCAGCACACAUUCUGCUCCUCGAAGGCUGACAAGUCAUCUCGGAACCAAGGUGGAAAUGGUGUAUUCAUUGUUGUCAAUGCUUGGUACUCAUGAUAAGGAUGAUAUGUCGCGAACUUUGCUAGCUAUGUCUAGCUCCCAAGACAGCUGUAUAUCCAUGCGACAGUCUGGAUGUCUUCCUCUCCUCAUCCAGCUUUUACAUGGCAAUGACAAAGACUCUGUGUUGUUGGGAAAUUCCCGGGGCAGUAAAGAGGCUCGGGCCAGGGCCAGUGCAGCACUCCACAACAUCAUUCACUCACAGCCUGAUGACAAGAGAGGCAGGCGUGAAAUCCGAGUCCUUCAUCUUUUGGAACAGAUACGAGCUUACUGUGAAACCUGUUGGGAGUGGCAGGAAGCCCAUGAACAAGGCAUGGACCAGGACAAAAAUCCAAUGCCAGCUCCUGUUGAACAUCAAAUCUGUCCUGCUGUGUGUGUUCUAAUGAAACUUUCGUUUGAUGAGGAGCAUAGACACGCAAUGAAUGAACUUGGUAGGAAGGCUACCCGGGGCAUUUCAUCACAGGAGCUAGGGCAGGGGCUUUCAGGGGGACUACAGGCCAUUGCAGAAUUAUUGCAAGUGGACUGUGAAAUGUAUGGACUUACUAAUGACCACUACAGUAUUACCUUAAGACGAUAUGCAGGAAUGGCUUUGACAAACUUGACUUUCGGAGAUGUAGCCAACAAGGCUACACUAUGCUCUAUGAAAGGCUGCAUGAGAGCACUUGUGGCCCAACUAAAAUCUGAAAGUGAGGACUUACAGCAGGUUAUUGCAAGUGUUUUGAGGAAUCUGUCUUGGAGAGCAGAUGUAAAUAGUAAAAAGACUUUGCGUGAAGUUGGAAGUGUGAAAGCAUUGAUGGAAUGUGCUUUGGAAGUGAAAAAGGAAUCAACCCUCAAAAGCGUAUUGAGUGCCUUAUGGAAUUUGUCAGCACACUGCACUGAGAAUAAAGCUGAUAUAUGUGCCGUAGAUGGUGCGCUUGCAUUUUUGGUUGGCACUCUCACUUACCGGAGCCAGACAAAUACUUUAGCUAUUAUUGAAAGUGGAGGUGGGAUAUUACGGAAUGUGUCCAGCUUGAUAGCUACGAAUGAGGACCACAGGCAAAUCCUAAGAGAGAAUAAUUGCUUACAAACCUUAUUACAACACUUGAAAUCUCACAGUUUGACAAUAGUCAGUAAUGCAUGCGGAACCUUGUGGAAUCUCUCAGCAAGAAAUCCUAAAGAUCAGGAAGCAUUAUGGGACAUGGGAGCAGUCAGCAUGCUCAAGAACCUCAUUCAUUCAAAGCACAAGAUGAUUGCUAUGGGAAGUGCUGCAGCUUUAAGGAAUCUCAUGGCAAAUAGACCUGCAAAGUAUAAGGAUGCCAAUAUCAUGUCUCCUGGUUCAAGCUUGCCUUCUCUUCAUGUCAGGAAACAAAAAGCCCUAGAAGCAGAAUUAGAUGCUCAGCAUUUAUCAGAAACGUUUGACAAUAUUGACAAUUUAAGUCCCAAGGCAUCUCAUCGUAGUAAGCAGAGACACAAGCAAAAUCUCUAUAGUGACUAUGUUUUUGACACCAAUCGACAUGAUGAUAAUAGGUCAGACAAUUUUAAUACUGGGAACAUGACUGUCCUGUCACCAUAUUUAAAUACUACAGUGUUGCCCAGCUCCUCUUCAUCAAGGGGAAGUUUAGAUAGUUCUCGUUCUGAGAAAGAUAGAAGUUUGGAGAGAGAACGAGGUAUUAGCCUAGUCAACUACCACCCAGCAACAGAAAAUCCAGGAACCUCUUCGAAGCGAGGUUUGCAGAUUUCUACCACUGCAGCCCAAAUUGCCAAAGUCAUGGAAGAAGUAUCAGCCAUUCAUACCUCCCAGGAAGACAGAAGUUCUGGGUCUACCCCAGAACUGCAUUGUGGGACAGAUGAGAGGAAUGCACUAAGAAGAAGCUCUACCGCCCACACACAUGCAAACUCUUACAACUUCACCAAGUCAGAAAACUCAAACAGGACAUGUCCAGUGCCAUAUGCCAAAGUAGAAUACAAGAGAUCUUCAAAUGAUAGUUUAAAUAGUGUCAGCAGUAGUGAUGGUUAUGGUAAAAGAGGUCAAAUGAAACCUUCAGUUGAAUCCUAUUCUGAAGAUGAGGAAAGUAAAUUUUGCAGCUAUGGUCAGUAUCCAGCUGAUCUAGCCCAUAAAAUACAUAGUGCAAAUCAUAUGGAUGAUAAUGAUGGAGAACUAGAUACACCAAUAAAUUAUAGUCUUAAAUAUUCUGAUGAACAGUUGAACUCCGGAAGGCAAAGUCCUUCACAGAAUGAAAGAUGGGCAAGACCCAAACAUAUAAUAGAAGAUGAAAUAAAACAAAAUGAGGAAAGACAAUCAAGGAGUCAAAGCACAACUUAUCCUGUAUAUCCUGAGAGCACUGAUGAUAAACACCUCAAGUUCCAACCACAUUUUGGACAGCAAGAAUGUGUUUCCCCAUAUAGGUCAAGAGCAGCCAAUGGUUCAGAAACAAAUCGAGUAGGUUCUAAUCAUGGAAUUAAUCAAAAUGUAAAUCAGUCUUUGUGUCAGGAAGAUGACUAUGAAGAUGAUAAGCCAACCAACUACAGUGAACGUUACUCUGAGGAAGAGCAACAUGAGGAAGAAGAGAGACCAACCAAUUAUAGCAUAAAAUAUAAUGAAGAAAAACAUCAUGUGGAUCAGCCUAUUGAUUAUAGUUUAAAAUAUACCACAGACAUUCCUUCUUCACAGAAACCAGCAUUUUCAUUCUCAAAGAAUUCAUCUGGACAAAGCACUAAAACUGAACACAUCUCUUCAAGCAGUGAGAAUACAUCCACACCUUCAUCUAAUGCCAAGAGGCAGAAUCAGCUCCAUCAAAGUUCAGCACAGAGCAGGAGUGGUCAGACCCAAAAAGCCACCUCUUCCUCUUGCAAAGUUCCCUCUAUCAACCAAGAAACAAUACAGACUUACUGUGUAGAAGAUACCCCAAUAUGUUUUUCAAGAUGUAGUUCAUUAUCAUCUUUAUCAUCAGCUGAAGAUGAAAUAGGGUGUGAUCAGACAACACAAGAAGCAGAUUCUGCUAAUACCCUACAAAUAGCAGAAAUAAAAGAAAACAGUGGAACUAGAUCAACUGAAGAUUCUGUGAGUGAAGUUCCAACAGUGUCACAACACAUUAGAACCAAAUCCAGCAGACUCCAGGCUUCUGGUUUAUCUUCAGAAUCAACCAGGCACAAAGCUGUUGAAUUUUCUUCAGGGGCCAAAUCUCCAUCAAAGAGUGGUGCUCAGACACCUAAAAGUCCACCAGAGCACUACGUUCAGGAGACUCCACUCAUGUUUAGCAGAUGUACUUCUGUCAGUUCACUUGAUAGUUUUGAGAGUCGUUCGAUUGCCAGCUCCGUUCAGAGUGAACCCUGCAGUGGAAUGGUGAGUGGCAUUAUAAGCCCCAGUGACCUUCCAGAUAGCCCUGGACAAACCAUGCCACCAAGCAGAAGUAAAACCCCUCCUCCCCCUCCUCCUCAAUCAGCUCAGACUAAGCAGGAAGUACCUAAAAAUAAAGCACCUAGUGCUGAGAAGAGAGAAAGUGGCCCUAAGCAAGCUGCUGUAAAUGCUGCAGUACAGAGGGUCCAGGUUCUUCCAGAUGCUGAUGCUUUGUUACAUUUUGCCACAGAAAGUACUCCUGAUGGAUUUUCUUGUUCAUCUAGCCUGAGUGCUCUGAGCCUCGAUGAGCCAUUUAUUCAGAAAGAUGUGGAAUUAAGAAUAAUGCCUCCAGUUCAGGAAAAUGACAAUGGGAAUGAAACAGAAAAUGAGCAGCCUGAAGAAUCAAAUGAAAGCCAGGGAAAAGAGGCAGAAAAACCCACUGAUUCUGAAAAAGAUCUAUUAGAUGAUUCAGAUGAUGAUGAUAUUGAAAUACUAGAAGAGUGUAUUAUUUCUGCCAUGCCAACAAAAUCUUCACGCAAAGCCAAAAAGCCAGCCCAGACUUCUUCCAAAUUACCUCCACCUGUGGCAAGGAAACCAAGUCAACUGCCUGUGUACAAACUUCUGCCAUCACAAACCAGAUUACAAGCACAAAAGCAUGUUAGUUUUACACCAGGAGAUGAUAUGCCUCGGGUGUAUUGUGUAGAAGGGACACCUAUAAACUUUUCCACAGCUACAUCUCUAAGUGAUCUAACGAUAGAAUCCCCUCCAAAUGAGUUAGCCGCUGGAGAAGGUGUUAGAGCAGGAACACAGUCAGGUGAAUUUGAAAAACGAGACACCAUUCCUACAGAAGGCAGAAGUACAGAUGAGGCUCAAACAGGGAAAGCCUCAUCUGUAACUAUACCUGAACUGGAUGACAAUAAAACAGAAGAAGGCGAUAUUCUUGCAGAAUGCAUUAAUUCUGCUAUGCCCAAAGGAAAAAGUCACAAGCCUUUCCGUGUGAAAAAGAUAAUGGACCAGGUCCAACAAGCAUCUCUGUCUUCAUCUGGAACUAACAAAAAUCAAUUAGAUGGUAAGAAAAAGAAACCUACUUCACCAGUAAAACCUAUACCACAAAAUACUGAAUACAGGACACGUGUAAGAAAAAAUACGGACUCAAAAAAUAAUUUAAAUGCUGAAAGAAAUUUCUCAGACAACAAAGAUUCAAAGAAACAGAGCUUGAAAAAUAAUUCCAAGGACUUCAAUGAUAAGGUCCCAAAUAAUGAAGAUCGAGCCAGAGGAAGUUUUACUUUUGAUUCACCUCAUCAUUAUACACCUAUUGAAGGCACUCCAUACUGUUUUUCACGAAAUGAUUCUUUGAGUUCUCUAGAUUUUGAUGAUGAUGAUGUCGACCUUUCCAGGGAAAAGGCUGAAUUAAGAAAGGGGAAGGAAAAUAAGGAAUCAGAAGCUAAAGUUACCAACCACACAGAACUAACCUCAAACCAACAAUCAGCUAAUAAGACACAAGCUGUUCCAAAACAUCCAGUAAAUCGAGGUCAGCCUAAACCCGUGCUGCAGAAGCAAUCCACUUUUCCCCAGUCCUCCAAAGAUAUACCAGACAGAGGGGCAGCAACAGAUGAGAAAUUACAGAAUUUUGCUAUUGAAAAUACUCCAGUUUGCUUUUCCCGAAAUUCCUCUCUAAGUUCUCUUAGUGACAUUGAUCAAGAAAACAACAACAAUAAGGAAAAUGAACCUAUCAAAGAGACAGAGCCCCCUGACUCACAGGGAGAACCAAGUAAACCUCAGGCGUCAGGUUAUGCUCCUAAAUCAUUUCACGUUGAAGAUACCCCUGUUUGUUUCUCAAGAAACAGUUCUCUCAGUUCUCUCAGUAUUGAUUCUGAAGAUGACCUGUUGCAGGAAUGUAUAAGUUCUGCAAUGCCAAAAAAGAAAAAGCCUUCAAGACUCAAGGCUGAUAAUGAAAAGCAUAGUCCCAGAAAUAUGAGUGGCAUAUUAACAGAAGAUUUGACACUUGAUUUGAAAGAUAUACAGAGACCAGAUUCAGAACAUGGUUUAUCCCCUGAUUCAGAAAAUUUCGAUUGGAAAGCUAUUCAGGAAGGUGCAAAUUCCAUAGUAAGUAGUUUACAUCAAGCUGCUGCUGCCGCGUGUUUAUCUAGACAAGCUUCGUCUGAUUCAGAUUCCAUCCUUUCCCUGAAAUCAGGAAUCUCUCUGGGAUCACCAUUUCAUCUUACACCUGAUCAAGAGGAAAAGCCCUUUGCAAGUAAUAAAGGCCCACGAAUUCUAAAACCUGGGGAGAAAAGUACAUUGGAAACUAAGAAGUUAGAAUCUGAAAAUAAAGGAAUAAAAGGAGGGAAAAAAGUUUAUAAAAGUUUGAUUACUGGAAAAGUUCGAUCUAAUUCGGAAGUUUCAAGCCAAAUGAAACAACCCCUUCAGACAAACAUGCCUUCAAUCUCUCGAGGUAGGACAAUGAUUCAUAUUCCAGGAGUUCGGAAUAGCUCUUCAAGUACAAGUCCAGUUUCUAAAAAAGGCCCACCCCUUAAGACUCCAGCCUCCAAAAGCCCUAGUGAAGGUCAGGCAGCUACCACUUCCCCCAGAGGAGCCAAGCCAUCAGUGAAGUCAGAAUUAAGCCCCGUUACGAGGCAGGCAUCCCAGACACCUGGGUCAAAUAAAGGGCCUUCUAGAUCAGGAUCUAGAGAUUCCACUCCUUCAAGACCUGCCCAGCAGCCAUUAAGUAGACCUAUGCAGUCUCCAGGGCGAAACUCAAUUUCUCCUGGUAGAAAUGGAAUAAGUCCUCCUAACAAAUUAUCUCAACUGCCAAGGACGUCAUCCCCUAGUACUGCUUCAACUAAGUCCUCGGGUUCUGGGAAAAUGUCUUACACAUCUCCUGGCAGACAGAUGAGCCAACAGAACCUCACCAAACAAACAGGUUUAUCCAAAAAUGUCAGUAGUAUCCCAAGAAGUGAAUCUGCCUCCAAAGGACUAAGUCAAAUGAGUACUAGCAAUGGAUCCAAUAAAAAGGUAGAACUUUCUAGAAUGUCUUCAACUAAAUCAAGUGGAAGUGAAUCUGAUAGGUCAGAGAGACCUGUAUUAGUACGCCAGUCAACUUUCAUCAAAGAAGCUCCAAGCCCAACCCUAAGAAGAAAAUUGGAGGAAUCUGCUUCAUUUGAAUCUCUUUCUCCAUCUUCUAGACCAGAUUCUCCCACUAGGUCCCAGGCACAGACUCCAAUUUUAAGUCCUUCCCUUCCUGAUAUGUCUCUGUCUACACAUUCAUCUGUUCAGGCUGGUGGAUGGCGAAAACUCCCACCUAAUCUCAGUCCCACCAUAGAGUAUAAUGAUGGAAGACCAGUAAAGCGCCAUGAUAUAGCACGGUCUCAUUCUGAAAGUCCUUCCAGACUUCCCAUCAAUAGGUCAGGAACCUGGAAACGUGAGCACAGCAAACACUCAUCAUCCCUUCCUCGAGUAAGCACUUGGAGGAGAACUGGAAGUUCAUCCUCAAUUCUUUCUGCUUCAUCAGAAUCUAGUGAAAAAGCAAAAAGUGAGGACGAAAAACAUGUGAACUCUACUUCAGGAACCAAACAAACUAAAGAAAACCAAGUAUCCACAAAAGGAACAUGGAGAAAAAUGAAAGAAAGUGAAAUUUCUCCCACCAAUAGUACUUCUCAGACCACUUCCUCAGGUGCUGCAAAUGGUGCUGAAUCAAAGACUCUGAUUUAUCAAAUGGCACCUGCUGUUUCUAAAACAGAGGAUGUUUGGGUGAGAAUUGAGGACUGCCCCAUUAACAACCCUAGAUCUGGAAGAUCUCCAACAGGAAAUACUCCCCCAGUGAUUGACACUGUUUCAGAAAAGGGAAACCCAAACACUAAAGAUUCAAAAGAUAAUCAGGGAAAACAAAAUGUGAGCAAUGGUAGUGCUCCUGUACGCACCAUGGGUUUGGAAAACCGCCUGAACUCCUUUAUUCAGGUAGAUGCCCCAGACCAAAAAGGAACUGAGGCAAAACCAGGACAAAGUAAUCCUGUCCCUGCAUCAGAGACUAAUGAAAGUUCUAUAGCUGAACGUACCCCAUUUAGUUCUAGCAGCUCAAGCAAGCACAGUUCACCGAGUGGGACUGUUGCUGCCAGAGUGAGUCCUUUUAAUUACAACCCAAGCCCAAGGAAAAGCAGCGCAGAUAGCACUUCAGCCCGACCAUCUCAGAUCCCAACACCAGUGAAUAACAACACAAAGAAACGAGAUUCAAAAACUGACAAUACAGAAUCCAGUGGAACUCAAAGUCCUAAACGCCAUUCUGGGUCUUACCUUGUGACAUCUGUUUAAAAAGAGCUGGAAUGAUGAAACUAAGAAUGUGUUAUGUGUUAAUUACAACUGCUAUGUAGAAAUUCUGUUUCAACCAAUAUGUAUAAAAUAGAUAACUAAUAACCUGCUGUAUAAAAAAUAAAAUUCAAAAAAAGAAAUUUUGUUUCAAAUGAAACUAAAAGACUGAAAAAUUUUGUAAAUAGGUUUGAUUCUUGUUAGAGGGUUUUUGUUCUGGAAGCCAUAUUUGAUAGUAUACUUCAUCUUCACUGGUCAUAUUUUGGGAGGCACUCUUGAUAGUUAGGAAGAAAAUGGUAAAGCCAAGUAUAUUUGUACAGUAUGUUUUUCAUGUAUUUAAGUAGCAUCCCAUCCCAUCAUCCUUUGAUUAUUGCUUGUCUUAAAAUAACACUACAGAUAGAAGAUAUGAUAUAUUGCUGUUAUCAAUCAUUUCUAGAUUAUAAACUGACUAAACUUACAUCAGGGAGAAAUUGGUAUUUAUGCAAAAACCAUUCUGUUUUAGUCCUUGUGAGUCCAUCUGACAUCAUAAUCAUGUGGCUGUGAAAUUCACAGUAAUAUGGUUCCCGAUGAACAAGUUUACCCAGCCUGCUUUGCUUUACUGCAUGAAUGAAACUGAUGGUUCAAUUUCAGAAGUAAUGAUUAACAAUUCUGUGGUCACAUGAUGUUCAUAUAGAUAGCUAUAGUGUAACAACUUACACUAUUUUGUGCUCAAAACAAACAAAAAAUCUGUGUAGCUGUAAAACAUUGAAUGAAACUAUUUUACCUGAACUAGAUUUUAUCUGAAAGUAGGUAGAAUUUUUGCUAUGCUGUAACUUGUUGUAUAUUCUGGUAUUUGAGGUGAGAUGGCUGCUCUUUUAUUAAUGAGACACGAAUCGUGUCUCAACAGAAACUAAAUGAACAUUUAAGAAUAAAUUAUUGCUGUAUGUAUAAACUUA